CCAGGAAUGGAACGUGGAGGCCCAGCAUCUGAUGCCUCUCCAGCCCCCACUCGUCCCCGAGCUGAGCCACAUGCGGGAAGCCCAGCUCCACACGGCGGAGGCCUCCCUCUGGAGCGUGGUGGCCACCGUGCAAGCCAUGGAGAGGAAGAUCGACUUGCUGGCCACCCGGCUGCUCAGCCUGGAGGGCCGGUCCGGGACGGCCGAGAAGAAACUGCUGGACUGUGAGAAGACGGCCAUGGAGUUUGGGAACCAGCUGGAGAGCAAGUGGGCCGUCCUGGGGACCCUGAUCCAGGAGUACGGGAUGCUCCAGAGGAGGCUGGAGAACAUGGAGAACCUGCUCAAGAACCGGAACUUCUGGGUCCUGAGACUACCCCCGGGCUCCAAGGGGGAAAUCCCCAAGAUGCCGGUGACUUUCGUCGACAUCGCUGUAUAUUUCUCUGCUGAAGAAUGGAAGAACUUGGCCGAGUGGCAGAAAGACCUGUACAGUAACCUCGUGAAAGAGAACUAUGAAUCUUUGCUCAGCCAAGGAGCAAACAUCAACAUUUCCAAGCCAGAGGUGCAGCCAAGGAUCGAACGGAGCGCGGAGCCCUGCGUCCCCGAGCAGCCGAACUCCAAGGAGCGGGAGGUGGCCGCGGAUCCUUGCUCCGAGCCCUUGAUGUCGACGCCUGAAAUCUUGUCCCGGAUAAAGCAGGAAGAGCCCUUCGCUGGGGGAGGGCAGUUCCCGGAGGUGCGAGGCAUCCCUACAGAUCCUUGUGCAGGUGCUGAGGCGCUCAUGUCUGCCCACGACUUCUUGUCCUGGAUUAAGCAAGAGGAAGAGCCGUGCGUCAGGGCCCACUGGGAACCGGCAGAGAGGGACAUGCUGACGGGUCCAGGCCCAGCCGGUGAUGGGAUGGCGGUCAAAGCAGAGGAACCACGCCAGGGUCCAGCGGAGCCAGUCAGGCCUGGGGAGCCUGUGUUCCAGGGGGAACCGCCGGCAGCCACUGCUCCAGCGGAAGCCUACGUGGGCCCGUGCGGCCAGGUCCCGCAGCCCCUGAGCCCGGCCCGGAGUCGGCCGGGUAAAUCCCUCGAAUUAGAGAGUGAGCUGCAGAGCAUCUUUGCGCCCCAGGGCCCCGCCGAGAGGCCACACGGCUGCAGCGAGUGCGGGAAGAUGUUCGGGGUGAAGAAGAGCCUGAAGGUGCACCAGAGGAGCCACCACAGCCAGGAGCGGCCCUACGAGUGCGCCGAGUGCCGCAAGAGCUUCAACUGCCACUCAGGGCUGGUGCGCCACCAGAUGACCCACCGCGGCGAGCGCCCCUACAAGUGUGAAGAGUGCGGCAAAUGCUACAGCCGCAAGGAGCACCUGCAGAACCACCAGCGCCUCCACACGGGAGAGCGUCCCUUCCAGUGCCCCGUCUGCGGCAAGCGCUUCAUCCGCAAGCAGAACCUGCUCAAGCACCAGAGGAUCCACACGGGGGAGCGGCCCUACCAGUGCGCCGAGUGCGGGCGCAGCUUCCGCUACAAGGAGUCCCUCAAGGACCACUUGAGGACUCACAGCGCAGAGGCCGGGGGCCCCGCCCAGCGGCUCCUGCCCCCUUUGGCGGGAGACCCGCUCCCUUAAC